AUGGACACCCCAAAGUUCCCGCCCCCCAGCAAUGAGGCCGAGCAGCAGGUCCUCCAGGAACUUGACCUUAUCCUGUCGCAGUUGCAGAUCCGGAGGGCCGACCGUGCCAACUAUGUUCGUUCCGAGGAUGUUGAAACUCUUUAUAACCAGACUAUCGAGCAAGUCGCCCGCCUCAACGAGACGAGGCAAGGGAAGAAGACACAGGAGAACCGAGUCGACAGAGUCGUUGACAGCUGCUUCCAACUACUGUCCCUAUUCUUCAUGACCAUUGGCCGAACCAAUGAAGCACCAACCGCGUACGCCCUGACCUCCACCAUCAAGCGAUUACUCGACCACCUUGCCGAGGCCGACCUAUUCUCCGAGAAAGACAUCGCAAGUCUGGACCACACCCUCGAGCGUUUAACAGAUAACAUGCGCAAGAAGCCCACCGACCAAUACCUCGAGACUCUCCUAUCCAACCGGAUCGAACGAUGUCGUGAAUCCUUGGAGAGCUUGCAUAAGAGACUGAAGGACUAUGCCCAGCCUCUGCUCGCUACCCACGAGAGACUCGUCUCCAUACUACGGCAGAUGGCGGCAAUUAACACCAAGUCCAAGUUCAAACCAGAGGAAAUUCACAGAAUGCAGAAGCAGUUGCGGGAAAUCGACGGCAAAAGAGUGGAAGGGCGAUUUGUUGAUAACGACGGCAACGUUCUCGCCGGUAGCGACCAAGUCUCGUCCUUGCUUGAAAGAUGCCAGAAUUACUCGGAAAUAGUAGUCGAGAGGGCGGGUAGCUUCCCAGAAGAGUGGAGAUCCUUGUACAGCACAUUGGUUGGCAUUCGAAACGAGCUUGACAAGCUAUCAUUGACUCAAGCUUGGUCCUUGCGAGAGACCGAUCUGUAUGACUUCCAGCGCCAACUAGACAAAAUCGACGAGAGCAGAGUUGAUGGCAACUGGAUCGAUGAGAAGGGCCGACCUGCCGAACUUUAUGUACAACGGACGUUGCUUUACCUUGUUAGACGAAGCUAUGGCUACAUCUACCAUCUCAUGAUCUCAUCUGAGCCCGUAUCAGAAGCAUUGCUGCCAAUAUACAACCAGCUGCAGACCCUGAAGCGAUGCUUGGUUGAAGUUGAAGCCAGUGGUGGCGUUUCGUCUGCUAGAGAGCUCUUCCCCUAUAGUAUGAAGCUUAAUUCGAUCGACAAUCUGCAGAAAGAUGGCAAGUUCAUGGUGGGUGGGGAUAUUCCAGAAGGCCAAGGAAGUGUCAAAGACCUCCUUGAUGAAUGCUUCGAUCGCUGUUACAAGCUUAGAGUGCAAGCAGCAGCUGCUGAAGAGGCUGGCGACGAGGACAGUGCAGCCUAG